CAUUCCUAGAAAAAAGUGAGUCCAAAUUCUUUUUCCAAUAAAAGGAAGACUUUUUUUUGGUCAAAGAAAUACACAAUUGAGCUCCACUUAAAACGGGGAAAUUGGGAGAACAGAUGAAAAAAAAAAUUAAAAUCUAGGGUUCUUACAUCUCUGAUCAUCUUCAGGGAAAAUGCCGCGGUAUGAUGAUCGUUAUAGAGGAACACGCCUCUACGUAGGACAUCUUUCAUCCCGGACCCGCACUCGUGACUUGGAGCACAUAUUUAGCAGAUAUGGGAGAGUACGUGAUGUGGACAUGAAGCGUGAUUAUGCAUUUGUGGAAUUCAGUGAUCCUCGAGAUGCUGAUGAUGCUAGGUAUAGCUUAAAUGGACGGGAUAUUGAUGGGAGUCGCAUUAUAGUGGAGAUCGCCAAGGGGGUGCCUCGUGAUGCCGGUGGAUACCAUAAUGGAUCUCGUGAUUAUAUGGGCCGAGGUCCUCCUCCAGGAUCAGGUCGUUGCUUCAAUUGUGGGCUAGAUGGGCAUUGGGCUCGAGAUUGCAAGGCUGGAGACUGGAAGAACAAAUGCUAUCGUUGUGGGGAUCGGGGACAUAUAGAAAGGAAUUGUCAAAAUAGCCCUAAGAAGCUCAGUGGACGUGGACGGAGUUACUCUCGCUCGCCAUCUCCCCAUCGUCGAAGGAGCCGUAGCCGUAGUCGUAGCAGGGGCCGUAAAUACAGUCGGUCUAGAUCACCUGUUAAAAGGGUGCGAAGCAUUGAGAGUGAAGAGAGAAGGUCAAGGAGUCCCCCAAGGCAUAAUAAUAAUAGUAAGUCUCCAUCGUCACCACCACCACCACCACCAAAGGGAGGGAAGCAUAGCGCCACACCUGAAGAUGAAAGAAGCCCCGAAGAGAGAGGGACAACAUCCCCAAUAGACAAAGACAUGGCAGUCAAUGGUGGUGCUUCAGAGUACGAAAAGAGUCCUAAGGAUGAUGAUGAUGAUGAUGAUGAAAUUGAAAGGGCCGACCCAAGAUAUGACGAUGAUCACGAGAAAAACAUCAGUCCCCACCAUGAAAAUGACAACUCUCACGCUGGUAAUAGCCCUAUUCCUGAGGAUGACAAUGGAAGCCCCCAAGAUGAUGGUGGUGGCGGCGGUGGUGAUGAUGAUGAUGAAAGGCAUGGUUCUCCGGAGGGAGGUAGUGUGUCACCUUGAUUCGGCACAUUUUACUUCAUCCAUAUUUUGUUGCAUGUAUGGGUUUGUAGUGAUUGAACCAAAACUGUUUUAUACUUUUAAUAUUUCUUCAACUGUUACAACAUACUAUUAAAAUCUUUAUUUUAUUGGAGGACAUGAAAUAAUCUGCUGUAAUUUGAGGUUCAUUGUGGCACAAGGUUAAUAAAGCCAUAGGUUUCUC